AUGGUGCCCCUAUGGACCUCGGUGCCAAUUCAUCCACAAGCUGAAGAAGGGUUGCUGUUGGUCGAAUACGAUCGCUUGGUGACUGCCGGACAGCUGUCUCCGGCCCACGAUUCCGAGACCUUCGUCUGGAUGUCCCUCCCGCCGGCCAUGCUCAAGAACUGUCACGGGCGCAACAUCCGUGAGCGUAGCUCACCUGUGCGCAUGCUGCAAGAAAGCAGUCCUCCGCGAAGAGGCCGAAAGCGUGCUGUUGAACGUCGCGGGCUCGAACGCCGUCGAAUUGCAUUGAAGCUCGGCAUGUCCAGCUCUGCCAUGAAGAAGUUCGAGUCUGCUUCGGAAAUGCAUCCGCAUUCCAUGUACGACAGCGAUGGGUCUAGCCGUCGCCAGAGUUCGCAAGAACCGGAGUUGUCGCUGAUCAACGAAGAGCACGAGCAGUUUGAUGUGAGCCACGACGGCGGCCACUACAUGACGCGGCAUGCUGGGACCACCCCCUUGAUGACCCGGCGCAGCGACAACGGCCAUGGAUGGCAAUCACCGAACAGUCGGGCCAGGCAGCCGCAGCUUCGCGCUAUCACCGAAGACCUCGGCGCAGAAGGAAAUUACCCCAUGGAAGCCCCUCGUUCUUCCAUCGAUUUGCCGAUGUUCUUCGAGUGUGAGGAGCCUGUCGAGUUGCUGGCCCGUCGUCUUUCUACCGCAGAUCUGAACCGUUCUGGCGACCCCUCUCAGCUGGCCCACGAUCUCUUCGACGAACAUGGUCACCUUCGCUUC